GGGCGCCCAUCACUCCUUAUGUGUGGGGUCCCAUCCAGGGCGCCCAUCGCCCCUAGUGCGCGGCGUCCCAUUCAGGGCGCCCAUCGCCCUAAGUGCGCGGCGUCCCAUCCAGGGCGCCCAUCGCCCCUAGUGCACGCCGUCCCAUCCAGGGCGCCCAUCAUCUCUAGUGUGCGGCAUCCCAUCCAGGGCGCCCAUCGCCCCUAGUGCGCGACGUCCCAUCCAAGGGCGCCCAAUGCCCCUAGUGCGCGGCGUCGCAUCCAGGGCGCCCAUCACAGACUCAUCGCUGCUGUGGAAGGAAGCUUCCAGAGUGCUUUGCAAAGAUGGCCACUAGAUGUCAGAAUAAUCAUCUUGCAAAAUGAUUUGCAAUGAAUUCAAGUUUAAGCUCGAGAUGAAGGGCAAAGGGAAGUUCUUGUUUUUUAACUAUUCAGCAGACAGUAAUACUCCCUUGGCUAUUAACUGUAAAGGAAUAAACUGGAUUAACAGGAAUACAUGAAACAGUUAAAAAAAACCAAAAUAAAUCUGGGUCAUGAAAAUGUGAAAGCUAUAGAUGCCCCUCUGAUACCUUAGAAAUGGCAGAUAGGUACCAUAGCAGUCGUUUCUGAUAUUAAUUUGUUUAAAGCUGUUCCCUCUGGCUCAGACAAACCCAAUGAGUGCAACUGAUGCUUAGUGUGACCUUAUUUUGCAUUAGUUUGUUCUCUUCUCGUGAUGUUCCAGUCUGCCCCGACAUCCAGACCCAAGUGAACCAACCAGAAACUUUAUAACACACAAGAGGAGUCUUUAUCAGUCCAGUUCCAUAAUUUGAUCGCUUCCUUGCCAGAAACUAAAUACCCUGUUCCCCCAUGUUUAGCCAUGUGAGAAUGACUCAUUAAUAUUUCAGAUCCCUAUCACUGAACACAGGGACUGCAGCAGAUGUAAGAUACAUUGGCAGUACUCCUUCUCAGGAUAUGGAUCCAUGUACUCGGCGGGAUGCAGUGGCUAGAGUGGGCGUGGUCAUCGUGCAGGUGUCAGAUGGGGAGCAUCGAGGAAAACUCACGGUAAAUGAGGAGGCUAACAGCGUGGAUUAUACAAGAGAGGGUAAUGAGAAAAUGUCUUUUGUAUUCGAUGCUGUUACCAACCAGCACAGCAUACAGAGGCUGUACCCUGAGCUGCUCCAGCCUCUCUGUGAGUUGGUAUGCUCUGGUUACCAUGGAGCUGUCCUGGUGGGCGGGACCUUGAGGUCUGGGAAGGAGAAGCUUCUACAGACCCAGAGCGUCAUCACACAGCUGCUGAAUGGCUUGUUCAAUGAAAUAACGAAGAUAAACACUGGGGAGAUGUUUACAACAGCAUCCUUCAUCCAGUUCUAUCCUGACGACAGUGCAGUCGACCUUCUAAACCCGGAGGGGCGGGGCCUGAAGCCCAGGACUCACCCUGCCUUCGGACCGUAUGUGGAGGGUGUCUGCGAGGUGGCAGUGGAGAGCCUGGAGGAAAUACUCUCACUGUACGAAGAGGGCAGGGAGACUCUGAGCGCCAAUUCUGGGGCGUUGGUGGGCAGGUGCAGUUCCUUGUUUUCAGUGAACGUGGAACGGAGACUUCAGGGGGACGAGGCCGCGGAGCAGCAGUACCAGCAUAGCACAUUGCGGGUGUUUGACCUGGCAGGAGGUGCUCGGAAGGGGGACCUCAACGGAGUGAGCACCUUGGUGAAGGUUAUGGAGCACAUCGAGUCUCACACGACGGCUGAUGACAAGCUCCUCCCCUUAAUCCUGGCAGACACUCUAACAGGAAGCUGCGCCAAUGUCCUUCUCUACUGUGUCCAGCCACAAGACUUGCUGGAUGAGGAGACCUCCCAUGCUCUAGCUCUUGCUCAGCAUGUCAGGGGCCUGGUGACCCACAUGGUCCCCAGCCGAUGGUGUCCUCAAAGGGCCACCCAGGAAAUCCGGGAAAGGAUUCAGGAGCUGCAAACCAGAAUGGUGUCCCAAGCAGAGAACGAGGAAGAGGACAUCAGGAAAUUAGAGACGCUGAUUCAACACUUACAGGUAGCGAAAAACCAAGACUGGGUGAAGAAGAGAAUCCAAUCCAGGGAAAUCUGGGAGAAAAGAAAGAGCUUAAAAGAACAACAAUCUAACGUGGCGAUGCUGAACCACAAUGCUGACAUCCAGGGGUCGACAGAGAGACUGAAGCAGCUUCAGACUCAACUGAGAGUGCAGAUCGAGGCCCACAUAAAAGAUGGGAAGGUGAGCGUGGAUAAGAGCCAGGAACGACUGGGCCACAUCCAGAAGCUGAGGGAGGCCAUCAAAGAAGAGGAGGCCAGAUUGAAGGCAGCCAACGGUGACUCUGAGCAGCCAGGGAGUCAAACAAACCAGGCAGAGGAUGGAUCUACCCAAAUGUCCGAGGUGGAGGUGGAAUAUUCGAAAGCGCAGGGCAGACGCCAGAUGUUGAUGGAGGAUCACAGGGCUAUGAUCCAGAAAGAGCUGGACAAGAUGGAGAGGGAGUUGGGAGAAGAGAAGGCCGACGGGCUGGAGGAGAGGCUGCUGCGGAUGAACAUGGAGCGGCAGGUACUGGUCCUGCAGCUGGAGGCCCUCCGAAGGGAGAAGCUGGAGGCUGAGAAGGACCUGGAGGCGCAGCAUCGGAGGCACACCCAGGAGCUACACACGCUCAGAGAGGAGGGCCUCCAGGUGUUCCGCGUGUACCGCCAGGUGUUUGAGGAGCAGAAGGAGAUGUUGGAGGACAGGUACAGGAGUCUGCUGCAGGACGCCAUCCAGGAUGCCGUCUACCUGUCCGCAAAAAGCCAGCAGCUGCAGACGGAGAACAAGCGGCUCCACGCUGUGCUGGCCGAACUGAGAGACACGAUCUCAGCCCGGGCCGACCCUGCUGGGUGGCGGGGCCAUGGCCGCAGUGGCGGGGCACGACCCUCCAAAAAGGAGGAAGAGAGCGACAGAAGGUGACUCAGGGAAUGUGUGACGCACAUGCUACCUUGACAACGGCAUCAACCACUGGCUGUGAGACACCCCCCCCCUGAAAAUGCAGCAAUAAUCACCCUUCUACUGCUGAGAGGCUCAUUAUCUGCCAGGGAAACAAGGACACAGUGCCUGGCAGUGAAUGCUAUGCUAAGCAUGCAGGGAAAAGGAAAGCAAAUGUUUAACGUUAGAUAAUAAAAGGAACAAACGGCUGAUGAACGAUGUCAUUUACCUGGAUCCAUUUUGCUGACUGUGAAUGUGACUGUUUUCAUACAAUGUUCAGUUCAAAUGAAGAGGCCUUAAAAUCCAGUUCAGUUAUUUAGAAAACCUCUUGGCAGCCACCCAAUUAGGAGUUUCCGUGUCACAAACCAACAACUCAGAGGCUGAACUU